GCGGCCUGUAGAUACAGCAAUCUUGAAGCCUGCAACCGGGAGAAGAUGGCGGUCGCAGUGAGAACUUUGCAGGAGCAGCUAGAAAAGGCCAAAGAGAGCCUCAAGAACGUGGAUGAGAAUAUUCGCAAGCUCACCGGGCGGGAUCCAAAUGACGUGAGGCCCAUUCAAGCCAGAUUGCUAGCCCUUUCUGGUCCUGGUGGAGGUAGAGGACGUGGUAGUUUAUUGCUGAGGCUGGGCGGGGAGCGUCGGACGAGGAGAGAAUCGCGCCAAGAAAGCGACCCAGAGGAUGAUGAUGUUAAAAAGCCAGCGUUGCAGUCUUCAGUUGUAGCUACCUCCAAAGAGCGAACACGCAGAGACCUUAUCCAGGAUCAAAAUAUGGAUGAAAAGGGAAAGCAAAGGAAUCGACGGAUAUUUGGCUUGUUGAUGGGCACACUUCAGAAAUUUAAACAAGAAUCCACUGUUGCCAAUGAAAAGCAAAAGAGACGACAGGAAAUUGAACAAAAACUUGAAGUGCAGGCAGAAGAAGAGAGAAAACAGGUUGAAAAUGAGAGGCGAGAGCUGUUUGAGGAGAGGCGUGCUAAACAGACAGAACUGCGGCUUUUAGAACAGAAAGUUGAGCUUGCGCAGCUGCAAGAAGAAUGGAAUGAGCAUAAUGCCAAGAUAAUUAAAUAUAUAAGAACUAAGACAAAGCCCCAUUUGUUCUAUAUUCCUGGAAGAAUGUGUCCAGCUACCCAAAAACUAAUAGAAGAGUCACAGAGAAAAAUGAAUGCUUUAUUUGAAGGUAGACGCAUCGAAUUUGCAGAACAAAUAAAUAAAAUGGAGGCUAGGCCUAGAAGACAAUCAAUGAAGGAAAAAGAGCAUCAGGUGGUGCGUAAUGAAGAACAGAAGGCGGAACAAGAAGAGGGUAAGAUGGCUCAGCGUGAGGAAGAAUUGGAGGAGACAGGUAAUCAGCACAAUGAUGUAGAAAUAGAGGAAGCAGGAGAGGAAGAGGAAAAGGAAGUAGGUAUAGUUCAUAGUGAUCCAGAAAAAGAACAGGAGGAGGAGGAGCAGAAGCAGGAAAUAGAGGUUAAGGUGGAGGAAGAAAUGGGGGCAAGGGAAAGUGAAAAGCAGCAGGAUAGUCACCCUGAAGAAGUUAUGGAUGUGCUAGAAAUGGCUGACAAUGCCAAACAUGCGAUUGUUGAGCAGGAGACAAUGGAAACAAAUCAAGUUGAAAGUAUAGAACCUUCAGAAAAUGAAACUAGCAAAGAAAUGGAGCCAGAGAUGGAGUUUGAAGUUGAGCUAGAUAAAGAAUGUAAAGCUCUUUCUCCUGCGAAAGAGAAUAGUACUAGUGUUGUAGAGAUAGAAAAGGAGCCUGAGGAAAAUGAAAAGGAAUCUGAGCCCCAACCAGAGCCAAUCAAUCAACCUCCACCCCAAAUCCAAUCUCAGUCCCAAUCCCAACCCCAGCCAACACUUCAGCCCCCACCUCUUUCUCAGCCUGAGGCUUUGCAAUUGACUGUUUCACAGCCACCACCUCAGGUGAUCCAGGAGCAAGGGCAUUCACUACCUGAGAGGAAGGAAUUUCCUGUAGAAUCUGUGAGACUCAGUGAAGUGCCACCAGAGCCAGUCUUGGCAGUGCUUGUAGACAGCAAAGGCAAAACGAAAACUAGGAGCAGGAGCAGAGGUCGGGCUAGAAAUAAAACUAGCAAGAGUAGAAGUAGAAGCAGUAGCAGUAGUAGUUCUAGUAGCAGUUCAACCAGUAGCAGCAGUGGCAGCAGUUCUAGCAGCGGCAGCAGCAGUAGUCGAAGUAGUUCCAGUAGUAGCUCGAGUACUAGUGGCAGCAGCAGCAGAGACAGUAGCAGCAGCACUACAAGUAGUAGUGAGAGUAGAAGUCGGAGUAGGGGCAGGGGACAUAAUAGAGAUAGAAAGCACAGAAGGAGCGUGGAUCGGAAGCGAAGGGAUACUUCGGGACUAGAAAGAAGUCACAAAUCUUCAAAAGGUGGUAGUAGUAGAGAUACAAAAGGCUCAAAGGAUAAGAAUUCUCGGUCCGACAGGAAAAGGUCUAUGUCAGAGAGUAGUCGAUCAGGCAAAAGAUCUUCAAGAAGUGAAAGAGACCGAAAAGCAGACAGGAAAGACAAAAGGCGUUAAUGGAAGAAGCCAGGCUUUCUUAGCCUAUACUUGCAGCAGAAGAUUUCUUGAUGAGUAAAAGGAUUACCUUUCCUUGUAAGGAGGAUGCUGCCUUAAGAAUUGCGUGUUGUAAAAAAUCUUUUUGGAAAAUACAGACUUUGUUUACCAGACAUUCUUGUACUUUUUGCAUAAUUUUGUAAGAGUUAUUUAUCAAAAUUAUGUGAGGUUCCAAAAUAUGUAAAAAAAUAACAAUAAAAAAAGAUUAACAUCCCUUGUCAUCUUUUUUAAAUACCCUAUACUCUUCAUUAAGAAUCUGUAUAUUUUAAUAGGUAAAUCUUUAAAGUCUGUUCCCUUCUAAUUCUGUGUCAUACAUUGCUUUUGUAGAAAUAAAUGUGCAUUCUUUUUUUUUUUGAGAUGCCCUCCUUGAUACUUGUAUAAUAAAUAUUCUCUUUAUCAUUUUCAGCCUUUAUCAAUAGAUUCCGAACAUGAUUGUGUUGUUGAAGGUUUCCUCACUUGUUUGCCUUAGAUAAUUAUUUUGAGUUGCAAAGUCAGAUCUUUGCAGCUUUCAUGGAGAGCAUAAGUCUCUUGACGUUAAAAUCCAUUUAUGUUUUCUACAACUCCGUUGUUAAUUUAAUAGUAGCUUCCCUGGUUUUUGCAUAUUUAAACCAUAUAUUAAGCUUCAAUAGAUAACAAAAUGAUAAGGCAUUUGCUUUGAUUACUGGAACAUUGUUCUUUUGUCUCUCCUUAGUUUCUGGUGUGGUAAAGCCUUGUAUAUCUGUUGGAGAAAAAAAUUCUGUUUAGGGGAGGGAAUAGAAAAGUCUUCUAAACAUGGUUUCCAAUUUUGUGGUCUUGUCUUAACUUCUGUGUUGGCUCUAACUGAAACAUGCCAAUUAAGUGUUUUCUAUGGAAGUAUUGUAUGAAAGUUUACAAAAUGAGGGAAGUUCAUCUAGACCUGAGUGUGUAAUCAAGAUAACACAUAAGUGUAACAAGUGGUUAUUUGUUGUUUUAUAAACUUGUGUGAAGUUGGACUAUGUUGCCCAUUAUUAUACAUGUGCAAAUAAAUGUGGCUUAGACUUGUUGGACUGCUUAA